UGCCAACUGCAUGAGGAAGGACCUGUCUUCUGGCCCCAGACUGGAGGAGGAGGAUCUGCCAUUGCCGGGGGAAGGUGGCCAUGUCUGAGGCACCAUCCUGUCCCAGCCAGGGCACCGCAACCCCAGGCUGCAAGUUGGGGGCCCUGUACCGGGCCUGUGUCCACAACGACCCCACCCAGCUCCAGGCCAAGCUGGAUGUGGGGGUCUCCCCAGAGGAGGCCACUCAAGUGGACAGCAAUGGGAGGGCCUCAUGGUCGCCUGCUACCACGGCUUCUCGAGUGUCGUUGCCCUGCUCAGUCGCUGUCCUUUCCUCGAUGUGAACCAUCAGGACAAAGAAGGGAACACGGCCCUCAUGCUGGCUGCCCAAGCAGGCCACGCUUCUCUGGUGAGUCUCCUGCUCAACUACUACGCGGGCCUGGACCUAGAGCGCCGGGACCAGCGGGGGCUCACAGCACUGAUGAAGGCUGCCAUGCGGAACCGGUCGGAGUGUGUGGCUGCCCUCCUCAUGGCAGGUGCUGACCUGACCUCUGUGGAUCCUGUUCGGGGCAAGACUGCCCUGGAGUGGGCCUUGUUGACGGACAGCUUCGACACGGUGCAGAGGAUCCGGCAGCUGCUGCAGAGGCCCCGAGUAGAGCAACUGAGCCAGCAUUACCAGCUCGAGUGGCCGGCCUUGCCAGGGCUCGUGGCCCAGGCGCAAGCCCAGGCCCAGGUUGCUCCCUCCUUCCUAGAAAGAUUGCAGUCCACCCUGAGCUUCUCCUUUGCCCAGUCUCCUCAGGAGGGGGGUGUUCUGGACCACCUUGUGACCAUCACUACGGGCCUGGCCAGUCCCUUUCUCGCCACUGCCUGCCACACGCUGUGUCCUGACUACCCACCUGCACUCGGCACCCGAAGCAAGUCUGUGCCAGAACUGCUAGUUUAUGUCCAAGUCUUCAGGGCGAAAUAA